UCUAAUAAAAGGACUCGAGAAGGGAGGCUGCGAUGGAGGCGGAGAGGAGAUCUCGCAGGCCCUCGCGCGCGUGUUUGUUCCUCGCGGCUCUGGCCUGCUCGUGUCCGGCAGCAACAGCCGCGGCAGCAACGACCUCCCAGGCCUUCAACACGACGCUGUUGGACGACCCUCUGGAGCCCAUCUGGAACCGGCUGGACGGUCUCUCCACCGACAUCCUUCGGGACUUCCAGAGCAUGGUCGCCGAGAUCGUGGAGACGACCAGCACCAGCCUGGAGGCGAAGCUGCAGAAGCUGGACACCGACGUCACCACCAAGUUCGAGGCCAUCAACAACAACGUCCUGCGCAGGCUGAGCGACGUCACCAACCAGACCUCGAGGAUGGACGCCUCGCUGCAGGCCUGGAACUCGCAGUACCUGACGUCGGUCCGGCAGCAGAUCGCCGCGUCGUACCAGGAAGUCGAGACCGUCGUCGGCUCCAAGAUCGCGGCGCUGGAGAACAAGGUGCUGGAGCACAUCAACAACAAGAUCGCCUCGCUCAUGAGCUUCAACCUGACGCUGCCCCAACACUCGCCCGCACGCGUCGACGGCCCUCAGCGCAGAGGACUCGCAGUCGAUCGUGAACCAACUCAACGCCAAACUCGUGGCCAUCGACGCCAAGCUGGAGGACCUCGCCGACAAGGUCAACGCGGCCACUUCCACGCUGUCCACGAUCAACCUGCACGUGGCCAAGAUCAACGACAUGGACCUCGACCGGAUGGCGCACGAACCAGGGAUCACGGGGGAGACGCAGGCGGGGUCGCAGUCCUGCCAGACGCUCGUCGAUAAGGUCUCCGAGCUGAUGGAUAACACGCAGCUGUCCAGCGAUGUUAUCAACGAGCUGGAAAACCGCUUGGCUGAGAUGAGCAAAAUACCAACGAACCUACCCCGUGACUGUUCGGACGUGCACUGGUAUAACCCAAGUUCUCCGAGCGGAGUCUAUGAGGUGUUCCCCACGCUGGAUGUCAAGAACUCCGUGUCGUCGUGGUGUGCCAUGGGUGACCUCAGCCAGAAGGAAUCAGGGGGUUGGACCGUUAUAUUACGGAGACGGAACACCACCUGGGGAUUGCUGGAUUUCAACAGGGUUCCUCAUCCACGACGUCGAAAGAGGCUCCUUUGUGGCUCAUUAUAAUACGUUCAGAGUCGAGGAUGAGGGCCACCAGUUCCGGCUGAUCGUCGACGGGUUUUCGGGCAACAUCAGCCAGGACGCGUUCAAGACGAAGCACCACGGCCGCUCCUUCAGCACGUGGGACCGCGACAACGACAACUGGGACAAGGGCAGCUGCGCCAUCAACAACGGGGGUGGUUGGUGGUUCAACGCCUGCCACUACACCACCCUGACGGCGCCCUUCCCGACCUCGAACGACCGGAACGCGAGGACGAUACGCUGGCUCAACGGCGAGACGUGGUUGGUGCUCGAUGACGUCACGAUUGAAGUCCGGCCGAAUAACUACGCGUUGAGGUUCAAUGCGCAUAAUUUUGAGUGAAGGGGGGGGAUGGGAAGG